GCUACAACGAACAGCCAGUCCAGCCCACUCCCACCCACCCACCACCGACAGCUGCUGCCCUCGAGCGUUUCACCGUCAACUUCACCAUCACCAACCUCCCCUACAAUUCUGACCUGGAGAAUCCAGACUCAGCAAGGUUCAAGUCUGCACGAAGAGUGAUGAACACCAUGCUCGACCGCCUGCUGAAGGACACCAGCAUUGGCCCCAAUUUCCAGGGAUGUGAAUCAACGGCUUUCAGGCCAGGCAGCCAGAGGGACGAGACCCGGGUGGACGCCGUGUGCACCUAUAGGAAGGAGCCCUCAGCUGCAGCCUUGGACAGGGUGGGCCUGUACCACCAAGUGAGCAACAAGACCAGAGGCAUCAGCCAGCUGGGCCCCUACAGCUUGGACAAGGACAGCCUCUACGUCAACGGUUACAAUGAACUGCAGCCUGAGCUAUCUGCUGCUCUAAAUACACAACCUCUGCCACCAGCAGUGAGGAACUUCACCUUGAAUGUCACUAUAACCAACCUGCCAUUCACUGCAGAUAUGGCAACACCAAAUUCUAGGAAAUUCAAGUCAACAGAAAGAGUCAUGUCCUAUUAUGUGGACCCUUUACUCCAAAGAAGCAGCAUUGGCCCUGCUUAUAUUGGCUGCAAAGUAAUGGCACUCAGGCCAAAGAAGAACAGGGAUGGCACAGGAGUAGAUGCCAUGUGCAGCUGUAGAGAUGAGCCUUCAGGGCCCAAAUUCAACAGGGAAACCAUUUACCAUGAGCUGAGCAACAUGACAAAUGGCAUCACCAAGCUGGGACACUUCAGCCUUAACAGCCAGAGCCUCUACAUUGAUGAUUACAAUGAACCACCCAGUCGCUCAUUGGUGAAACCAACCCCCACACCAACAACCCCAGGACCCACAACAGAGCACUUCACCCUCAACUUCACCAUAACCAACCUGAUGUUCACGAGAGACCUGGAGACACCAAACUCUGCCCGGUUCCGUUCGGCUGAGAGGAUAAUGCGACACUACAUUGAGCCCCUGCUGCAGAGGAGCAGCAUUGGCCCCUAUUUCUCUGGCUGCAAAGUAACGGGAUUCAGGGCAAUGAAGAAGAGGGAUAGCACAGGAGUGGACACCACCUGCAGCUACAGAAACAGCUCCCAGGUGCCCAAGUUUAACCCCCCUGAGGUUUACCAGCAACUGAGGAACAUGACAAAUGGCAUCACCAAGUUAGGAAUCUACAACCUGGACAGCAAGAGCCUCUAUGUCAAUGGUUACAAUGAACCACUUCAGAGAUCAUCUCCAAGCACAACAACUGCACCAGGAGCACCAACCAGGAAUUUCACCCUUAACUUCACCCUGACCAACCUCCCGUACACCCCAGACCUGGACGUCCCAACGUCCCGCAAAUUCGUUGCCACAGUGAACGUUCUCAACCACUAUAUUGACCCUCUGUUCAAAAGAAGCAGCGUAAGCUCUGCCUACACAGGAUGUAAAACGAUGAGGUUCAGGGCUGGGAGGCACAGGGAUGACACAGGAGUAGAUGCCAUCUGCAGCUACCAGGACAGUGCCAGCCUGGCCAGGUUUGACAGGGAACAGGUUUAUCAGGAGCUGAGCACCAUGACAGAGGGUGUCACCAAACUGGGGCACUACAGACUGGACCAGAACAGCCUGUAUGUCAAUGGUUUUCCCCUCACAGAAACCACCAGAAAGCCUGUCUUUGUUGAGGCUCCAGGCAAAAAAGGCUACAGGCUGAGCUUUAGAAUAGUCAAUGAAAAUCUAACCAACCCAGACCCUCAGUCUCCAGAGUACAAAGCAGCAGUGGAAAGCAUCGCUAACAAGAUGAAUCAGCUGUACCGGCAGAGCCACCUGCGGGACCAGUUCCUGAGCUGCAACAUCACCCGCCUGAGGGCUGGAUCCAUAGUGGUCGACUGCCAGUGCUUCUUCCAGCCUGAACCCAACAUCAACAGGGCCGUGGUUGAAAGGACCUUCCAGGAUGGGACUUCCAAUGAAACUGGACUGUGGCUGGGGAGCAGCUACAGCCUGCAGGAAUUCUCAGUGGACACCUUGGAAUUAGCCAUCGAGGCGGCAACUUACAAAACACCCCUCAAGUCCGGGAAGGAAAACUUCGGCUUGAAUUUCCGGAUCUCCAACCUGCCCUUCUCGCCGCAGCUGCGGGACCCCGGCUCACGCGUGUACCAAGCGAACAAGGAGAGGAUCGAGAAAGAGCUCGAUGUGUUCGGGACCAGCCGCCUGAAGGAGCACUUCGCCGGCUGUACCGUGGAGAGUUUUGGGCCUGUCCAUGGGAAAGGAUACACAGAUGUCUUCUCCAUCUGCAAGUUCACCCUGGAUCCCCUGUCAGGGACUUUACAAAAGCAAGAGGUGUUUGAGGAGCUGAAACAACUGACCCAGGGGUUCACCAAGCUGGGCCCCAGCUACGAGCUGGAGGAGCAGAGCCUGGUCGUUGAAGGUUAUUCUCCACUCAAGACAGAUGAACCGGAGCCCAAAAGAUCUGAGCUUCAGUUCUGGGCCAUCAUCCUCAUCUGCGUUUUCACCCUGCUUGGCUUCGUCCUCCUCCUCUUCUUAUGCUUCCUGGUCAUCUCUUGCUUGAGGAGAAAGUCCCACCUGUACCAGGUCCAGCAAGGCUUGUACGGGUUGUACUUCCCACACCUGAGCACAGGAAAAGUGCAUUGACAGAGGAAGUCGGGUCCUCACAGACCCGUUUGCCCACUGAUGAAGGAAAGAUAUUUAUAAAUACUAGAGAAAUGUUUCUUUAAUAAAUUAUUUUCAGCGUUUUCCUCUCAUCUUGAGACG